CUGUAACGAAUAUCCGGGCCCUUGCAUUUUUCGCCGUCCGGGAACAAUUGUCUUUAGAUGAGCUUAAGCACACGGGCCGCCUAUUGCCUAUAUUCCGUUUUGACGCUCGCAGAGAACAAUUAAACUGCAGCGGUUAGCGGCUGUUGCCACCGUGUUCCGCAUGUGACACGUACAGGGGAGGGGCGGUCUGACUCGUGUAUUGUAAUGUGGAACACCGAGUUCUAGUCAACGUAGCUGGGCAGCAGCAACAACCACACGGAGAAAAAUAAAUCGCCGAUAAAGAGCAGACACCUCGAUCCGGCUGCAAGCUCACAUCCCUCAGCUUUGAAGACAGCGUCGUUGAAACAGCGCCAAGGGAAAAACCUUUGAUAUGCUGAUGUAGUUGCUGUGAGAGCUUGCUGAGCCAAGGACAUUGUCAGUACAGCGGGAAAGGAGAUGAGCACCAAGAGGAAGGCAGAGAGCCACUCAAAGGCAGCAAACAGACCACACAUCAUGAAGUCUGGAGACUCCCGGGCUGAUUCAGAGAGAGACUCCGGAUUCUCAGAUGCAAGCUCAGAGCACAUGAGCACAAUGGACACCGCAGACUCUGAGGAAUCACCCUUUCCUGUUGUACAGCAGGGACAGCAGACUACUGGCUCGGGGCCCCAGGCCUCUAAGCUGGCUGUGGUAGGAGGCUCCUACUCCAGUCUCUCUCCCAUGAUCAUCAUGAACAACAUCCUUCUCAAGCAGCCUGGAGAUAAUCCUCCUGCUCUGAAGCCCUGGGGGUUUAGUCCCACAGUGGAGGUGGUUCAGCCUGUGGUCCAGCAGCCUCGGGUGGUCUUCCUUCAGCCUGUGGUCUCUCGUCAAGCUUCCCCUGCCCACAAAGAGGCCUCCUCUAGACACCGACGCCCUAAGAAGUAUCUUCCAAUCCUGAAAUCCUACCCCAAGAUUGCUCCACAUCCUGGAGACAGCUCCAGUUCCUCAGGGAGAGGAACUGCUUCCUCAUCUUCCUCCACCUCCUCCUCUUCUUCUUACUCCUUUUCCUCUUCUUCAGGGUCAGAGACAGGUAGCAGUUUGGCCUCCAACCACCAGGAACACAGAGAGAAGCAGCAGAGAAGUCUGUGUGAUGGUGCUAGUAACUCUGGCUCAACCACUCCCAGUCUUCCUGCUACCCCCAGCACCAUGUCUCCUCAGCUUCAGAGCCGACUUUCUCUCCACACAACAGAAACCAGUGCCGGCAGCAGUCCUGCCAGGGAGAGGCCUUCAUCAGCUGUCAGCCAGACAGAGUUUACCACCUCCCUGUCUUUCACUCACGCCACUGGCUCCAAGAAACAAACACUCCCUGUUCCCCGGAAGGUCACCCAGGAGAACAGCUCAGGAGAAUGUAACCACAGUGACGGUGAUGCUGAUACAAAGAGGAAGCGUUUCUGCAACACUUACAACAUCCUGAGCAAAUCUGGCCUGCUAGACAUCGCACUCCGCACCAAGGAGCUCCACCGGCAGAACCGACGCACCCAGAACGACCUAGACCGGCUAAAAGAACACACAGACCUCUUCCUUCAGGCGCUGUGUAGCGGUGACACCAGCAUCUGUGUUAAGCUGCAAGCCAGCCUUCAGGAGGAAGAUGGUGAGAAAGAGGGGGAAAGAGCUGCUCAAACCAGUUUAAAGGCAGAUUAGACCUAGACUAAUGCUAGACAGUAAUCCUUUAGACUGUGAUGGGCAAAGGAAGGCCAGGUUUUGGGGUUGGAGCAUACAGAGAGAGAUGGACCGAAAGUAAAGUGCUCCACUAUACACACCCACCCCCAGACUCUCUCACACCGACAGUGGGCUGUGGCCUACAUUUUGGCUGCCGACUGCCUUAGGGCCCUGACACAUCAAGCCGACCUCAAAGAAUUGGUGCAGAAAAAGACUUUUUGUUGCCUCUGUUAAAAGUUGCACUUAAACUCAUCAUAACACUAUAGCUGGUGGCCAGUUGACCGCCAGCAUGCACAUAUGUUCUGAACCUGUGUGAGAGGAAAUAUUUUAGUCAGCAGUGUGUAUUUGUAAUCCAGGAAACAUCACGGAAAGCAAAGCAAACUACACCACCAUUUUUUUUUUUGGCCAAAGAAGUUGUGACAAUUGUCUAAUUCUAUGCUCAGAUUAUGACUUGAGAAUAUCGGCAUAUGCCCUUUUUUUUUUUUUUUUUUUUUAAAGUUUCAAUGGACAUCGUACCUACCCUGCUGUUGUCAGCCUGUGGUCUUUAGCCAGUGCAAAAAGAAAAAGUAGAGGUGAAAAACAAGAAGCAGCCAGACUUAAUCAGUGAAAUCAGAGAUUUGCUAGGUCAGUCAGAGAGCUCUCUCUAAUUGCCUCAGUCGCUAAUUCAACAUCUUAAUCAUCCAAACAGCCACAGAUAAGGUCCGAUUAGUGCCAUCAGUGAAGAACACACUGCAAAAAUUAUGGACGGUGGUUAUCCACACACUUAAAGUACAGCCCGGUCACCAGCUGUGGGCUUGGUGUGUCAGGAACCUAAGGUCAAACAAGGCCAGAACCACAGCUCACUGUUCUGCCAUACUGAAACUGCCUCUCUGCUGCACAGAAAUCUUUUCCUCAUUGGCAAUCAAGACCCAAAAGCUAUGAGAGAUUUGGAUCUAAGGCAUGAAGGGAUGAACAAAUACAAAACUUUUUUUCACUGAAUGCACAAUACAGGCUCAGAAUCUGAAAGCUUGAUUAAAGCCUCUAAGACUGGAUAUUUAAACUUUAACAGUGCAUGACGAGGUGUGUGCAGUCAAAGUGUGUACAUAAUCAGAAUUAUUUUAUGCAGCAGUUACAAUAAUGUAAACUCGAUGAUUAUAACAGGCUAAUGGAAGUGUUCUCAUGUCACCUCGAAUGUGUCCAGGGCCUCUUGCCAGUCAGCAUCUUUUAAAUAGACAAACAUGUGCCUAAAGUGUCUUUUUAGUUCCUGCUGCAUUUUAAAACUUGAUGUGAAAGAUUUGGCACACCCCAUUGAAGUUUCACAUUCCCAUCAUGUUGAUGGCAGCUGUAAUGCAGUGCAAACUGGCUGGAAAUAAAGCUCUUAACCAUUUUGAUGCUUCCCUGAUAACAUCCCAGUGUAAAGGGUUCUUCCUAUAGUUCAAACAUUUUUAUUGUUGAGACUUGUGUAUGAAUUCUUUUUUUUUUAUACAUGGAUGUAAUUUAAUAUGGUAAUACUGUCUAACUUAAGUGCAGACCUUUUCUGUUUAAAGUUCUUUUCUGUUUUCAUCUGUAUGAAAUAUUAAUUGUGUGAACCUUUUUCGAGUCCGCUAAGACAACCAUCGAGUCAGGUUUCUUGAUGAAGACAUCAACGUUGGGCCUCAUGAAUCCAGGUUUUUACUUUUAUUUGACAAAGAAAGUCCAACAAUUACAACAUCCAAAUUAGGAACACUUGUGGAGUUUUGUGAUUCUUUAUUAUUCAUUUUUUUGAUGUUUAUAAAUGAUGGCCUUAAUAUCCACCCAAUGUAUGUUACAGAACUUUGCAUUUGCACUAAAAUAAUCUCUAGUAGCUCUGAAGCAAUUUCUGGGCAGAAUUUAAUGGCAGCUAUGGUAGCUCAUUUUAGGCAGACUGCAAACAUCGUUUAGGUUUAAGUUGCAGUACUUGAAGUGCAUUGUGAGGCAUCAUACACACACUAGCAGUGUAUACAUACUAUUCCUUAUAAAAAAAAAACAAACAUACUAUUCCUUAUAGUACAGCCAUGCAUAACAUUUACAUUGGAAGUAUUUAACACUUUGUCUUUAACUGUAUAAUAAUAUUUGAUGUGAUGAUAAUGUACUUGCUGUGCUUCGGUUAACUUAAAAUGGCUCAUGAGGAACAUCUCAAGUAAGGGAUAAUUUACAGUCUACUUUUGUAGGCUUAUCCCAUAUGGAGUAGAACAUAAAUACAGCUAAGUUAAAAAGUUCAUGUGCACUUGUGAGGGUCAUGUAUUCUGCGACCAAAUGUACGCAAGUCUUUGUCACAUAAACUCAGAAGUUUGGGUUCUUUUGUGAAUGAAUUGUGGGUGUUCUGAAAAUAAGGUCUGUUUCGUUUUAUAUCUCAGCUUUCAUAUCAAGGGACUGGAGCGCACCGAUUAACUUUCAGUGUUUAUUUUGUAAACAGACUGUCUCAGAGUCAGUGGGCAUUUUCACUCUGAAGAGGACACAGUAGCAGAUGAUACAAUCAACAAUAAACACUGUAAAUUAAUCAGCAUGUUUCAAAUUUUAGAGAUUUGAUGUGUUUAGGGUCAUAUUCCUACUGGAAAACCACGCUGGGUCUAACAUUCAGCCCUCUGGCUGAUAGUUUGAGGCCAUCUUACUUACUCCACCCAGCUUCUUUUCUGCAGUGCACUAGUUCCACUGUCAGCAAAACAGACUCAGAUGCAUUGUGCAAUCUUUUGGGGGUUGAUUGGCUCAGUAUCUCCCCUCUAAACAUCGCUGUGAUUAUUGUGGCCAGAUAAGUUACCACAAACCCCUUUUUCUGAGCCCAUGUCAUCAGCAGCAAACUUCAGUUGAGCUCCUUGUGUCUUCCUAUUAUAAUGAAUGUGAUUCAAGCUAAUGGGUGAAGUUAAACUGGCUGACACAUAAGUUUCCAUCAGUAUUCAGUAACAAACACUAACCAUGCUUUUAAUCCAGAGGCUGUUCAGAAGACCCACAAUUAAUUUAUAAAGGAACCUAAAGAUGUUUUUUGUGUUUGUGUGCUAAUUACACACAUUUUCCAAACGUCAAAAAUAAGUGAAAUUCCUACAUGCCGUGACCUACGCAUCUCUUACAAGUGUGUAAACCUUACGACCUCAGCUGUAAAUCUUUUUUAGCUCUCAAAUCAAGGUUUUAAAAGCCACAGUUGGCUCACUGCAAAAUAAUUCCUGAUGAAUGGAAAAGAAAAGAUGAAUCUUUUCAAAUGGCUAUAAUAUUUGUGAUAUUGUCACUGUAAUAGAUCAGUAAUUUGUUUUAAUACCACGUGUCCUUAAUGAAGGCCUUAUUAAGACAUUUGAGCCAGGACAGCAGCAGGACUGCUGGCACUAUUUUGGUCUUUUGCCUUGGCCAAAAGCAAAUGCCAGUGUGUUUGAGCUCUUUUUACAGCUGUCACACAUUCUUCAGAGUUGAGACCCUACCAGUGCAAAUGUUCCUUUCCACUAUUUCUUUGACCAACAACACAUCUCACACAUUUACCUGAACCUUAAAUAUCUAUAAUUAUUACAUCAUUCAUUUGAAGUCUUUUGUAGACCAAUUCCUCCUGAAUCAGAUGGACAGACAGAUGCUAUAUUCUUGGAAUUAAUGUUGAUAUUGUUGUUUCUUAAUGGGUCACUGUAGAGUCUAACAAUCUUCCAAAUGGUUUGAUGGCCGCCUUCUGAAAUUAGAUCUUGCUGUUCCGAUACUGGUUCACUGCCAGUGGAAUAAAUGAUGGUACUGAAAUAUCAAAAAGGUCAAUGAAGUUUUGGCUGAAAAUAGCACAACAAUGCUGGUCAUGUUCAUCUUUUUAAAGAGAUUUCCUUGUUUGCUGCAGUCAGCUUUUACCAUAACACAUUUAUUUAUAAGAGGGUGGUUACCAUCAGGUCACUGUAAUCUAAAGUUUGGUUUUGCUUACAUGGAUCCACACUGCUGUGGUUACUCUUUCUUGGAUCCUGUCCAUGUGAUUGACUAUUAACUCAACUGUAUCAAACCAUAACUCUGAAGCCACUGCUUCAUAUGCUACAUGCUGUGUCAUGGAUUGUCAUUGCCGUUGUCGUGACAUGAUCAUAUUAUGUGACCGCAAUUUCCUGUUUUCAAAACAAGAAGUUAAUUGAAAAAGAGUUCAGACCGGUUUUGCUUGUACAGAAGCACAUUUGUAAUUUUAUAACACUGGAUUUUGAGUUUUAUAUCUAAAUGUUGGCAGCUUUGUUUCCUCUGUGCGUUUCAGUCUACCUUCUUUCAUUUUAAAGAUGCUAAAAAUGUUCGUGAAAAGGAUUGUGAUUGUUUUAUUAAAAUGUUUCAGUAGUGCAGCAACAGUAGUGAUGGACAAAAUGAUCAUUAGCCCAAAUAUUUGUUGUUGUUUUUUUUUAAGUGAAACAAAGGAAUUGUGGUGGAAACAUGAUGGACUCUACAUGAUGGCUGAAUGUAGUGUGGCUUACUGGCAUUUUUUUUCUAUUCUAAAAAUGUAAAUGCAGAAAGUUGUUGAAAUCCUCAUGGGACUUGCCACUGAGGACAUGGAAAUAAUGACACUUCGGCUAUACCAAUCAAAGAUCAAUAAACUAAGAUCAAGAAAGGGUUUGAUGUAACAUGCUCUUUUUGUACAUUUCGAGUUAGAGACUCAUUGCUCGUGUAAUAAAUGUCAUUCCAAAGGAAA